AUGGCAUCCAUAGCUCCUUGCGAGACAAUAUACAUUCGCAACAUCAACGAGAAGAUCAAGAUCCCAACCCUCAAAACGACACUGAAGGAGAUAUGCAAGGAGUACGGCGACGUGCUGGAUGUGGUGGCCCAUGGGAAUCUGCGACUGAGAGGACAGGCAUUUGUGGUGUUUGAUAGCAUUGACUCGGCAGAGUCUGCCAUCUCAGCGUUGAACAGCACCAAGGUGGACGGUCUGAAGGGAUCCGUAGUGGAGGUGACAUACGCCAAAUCCCCCAGUGAUGCCACGAUGGCCAAAAAGGGAGACAAGGAGCUGGACGCCCAUGUGAGAGCAAGAGUGGCUCAGAAGGAGCUCAAACAGCUGUCCGAUUCCAACAAACGACGUGCGGAACCUGUCAGAACAGCCGAAACGCCGGCAAAGAAGGCCAAGACAAGCACAGAAACCACCUACAACCCCGUGCACAAGAUUCUGCUGCUCCAGAACCUUCCCAAGUCGGCCUCCCAAGAUACUGUGGCUGCUCUGUUUUCAGAUCUGCCCGGCUACGUGGAAGUGCGUCUUGUGCCUGCUCGUCAGGUUGGUUUUGCCGAGUUUGAGACCGAGGCUCAGGCCGUGGUGGCCAAGGAAAAGAGCCAGGGAGCUGACAUUGACGGCGAGAAGCUCAUUGUCAGCUACGCCAAGAAGUGA